AUGGCUUGUACUAAUGCAAGUCUUGCGGCUUUAUCGGAUACGCUCGCACAAUCGAUCUCAAAUCUAAAAUCGCCAAUGUCACAACAAUUCGAUUUUCUUCGACUUGCACGUUAUUCCACAUAUGGGUUUCUGAUAGCACCGGUUGUGUAUAAUUGGUUUAACCUGUUGGAUAAAAGAUUUCCGUUGCCGCAGCCAAUUGCUGUAGAAAAAAAUAACACGCAAAUUAGACGAGAAACGAUGCGUGCCGUAUUCAAAAGAACGGUUGUUGAUCAAAGUGCUUUCGCGCCAGUUGGAUUGGCUUUAUUCUUUGGUGUGAUGGGAUUAAUGGAAGCAAAUGGGUUGCAAGCAAUUAGAGAUAAAUUUACUGAUGCUUAUUUUCCAGCAUUAAAGGCAAAUUACGUAGUCUGGCCACUUGUUCAACUCGUAAAUUUUCGAUUUCUCCCGUUACAAUAUCGGGUUCCUUUUGUUAGCUCGAUCGGCACGCAUUGCAUUUCCUCACCUUCCACAAUAUCUUUAGAAUUUUUAUUUAUGGGCCGUCAUUCAUUAGAAGAGACAUUGUUUGCUCAACCUGUCGAUAUUACUACUUUUAAAACGACUUCCAUAUCAACACAGACAACUGCCACUGAUGCAUUAACAGUGACCACAUUGGGAGGAACGACUACCACAACAACGACACCGCCAUCACCGUCACAAACAACAUUAGUCACUUUAACUCCCACUCACCUCGUCUCUUCCUCGAGGAGACGUUCUUCUAUGACUAACAAUAGUGCUAAAAAACCUUAUUCAAAUGGCGUUAAAGUUGCUGGAACUCAACAUCACAAACUUAUUUUACGCAAUUCUGAGCCAUUUCCAACCCCACCAGCUACUCCCUCGUUAAUUUUUGGCUCCGGAAACAUACCGAGUAAAGUAGAGUGUCUGGUACGAGCGCGUAUCCCCACUCCUACUGGGGAAUUUUUUUUGCAUCUCUACAAGAACAAUCAAGAUAAUAAAGAACAUUUAGCUGUCGUAUAUGGUGAAGACAUUCGUAGUAGGAGUUUAGAUACUCCGCGUCCUGGCGAAACGGAUAUGGAUAGAAUUAUACGUGGAGCAUAUAUGGGAAAAUUAAAGCCUGGAAAAACGAGAUCAGAUGAUUCAUCAUCAUCGUCGUCGUUGACGUUGACGACAUCAUUAUUGAUGUCAUCGUCAUCUACGUUGAUAACAGCAAAUCAACAACAGCUUUUUUCACCUCCAUUAGUGAGGAUUCAUUCGGAAUGUUUUACGGGUGAAACUGUGCAGAGUGCUCGUUGUGAUUGUGGUGAACAGUUACAGGAGGCAAUGAGAUUAAUACAAUUAGAAGGUCGGGGCGUUAUUGUUUAUUUGCGACAAGAAGGUCGUGGCAUUGGUCUAGCAGAAAAACUUAGAGCCUAUAAUUUACAGGAUUUAGGACAUGAUACUGUAACAGCAAACCUUCUAUUGCAUCACCCACCAGACCUUAGAACUUAUGACAUCGCAACACAAAUUCUCGUUGAUCUUAAUUUGACCAGAGUUCGUCUGCUUACUAACAAUCCGGAUAAAAUCGAACAGCUCGAAGGUGAUGGUCUAAAAGUUGUUGAGCGUAUUCCGAUGGUACCGCGCGCUUGGCAGCAUGAUCACGAUCCAAAUCGCCGUGGUAACGAAGUAGACCAAUAUCUGAAGGUGAAAGUGGAACGAAUGAGACAUCUAUUGAAUGUGCCCGAGUCGUUAUUACGCUGA